AUCCUACAUUUCUGCUGACACCUGAAGGCAUCAGCCAAUAAAUAAACAAUAACACACACACACAAAUAAUAAUAAAAAAGAUUUUAGAUUUUAAAAUGUUUUAGAGACACAUUAAUAACCGUGCUUAUGAUAAACGUUCUUUAAACGUUCUUUAAACGUUUAUAUUAAUGUCGGGCUGGAGGAACCAGGUCCCGGAGCGGCUCGGUGCAGUGACUCUCUGCGGGGAAAGGAGCGUCUCAGACGGGAUGAUCCCGGCCGGCUGGUGAAGAUGUCCGUCUCCGGGAUGAAGAAGCAGCUCCACAAAGCCAGCCAGGUAACCGGGACGAACCGGGCCGAGCCGGGCUAAACCGGUCUGGUGAUUUAUUGAAUCUACCGGAGGAGCGGGGCUCGUUAACGUGUCGGUGUACGCUCCGGUGUUUUACUGCGACACGAGGCCUGCAGGUCUACCCAGACCCGGACCAGACCGGGAUCCGAUCCGAUCAUCAAGUCUUUGAUUUAAUCACGUGAUUCAUGUUUUAAUCUGCAGACCUGAAACUGACCUGAGGUCUGAACUGUGUGUACUACUGCAAUACUACUAUCAGUACUACCAGCAGCUACUAUACGGAUCUCACUACAAGUACUACAACUACUCUGCUAAACGAGAGGCUGAUGGGAGCUGAAGGAACAAAGAUGGACGACGACUUCCUGAAGAUGGAGAAGAGUGUCAUAGUGAUUCACUCUCUUCUGGUGGAGCUUCUCUCUAAAACUACAGAGUUCCUCCAACCGAAUCCAGCUGGACGAGCCAGACUGAGCAUGCUCAACACGAUGUCCAGGAUUCGUGGUCAGGGGAAGUGGGUGGGUUACCCGCAGACAGAGGGCAUGCUGGGAGACUGCAUGGUGCACUAUGGCCAGGAGCUCGGAGCCGCCUCUGAAUUUGGUGGUGCUCUGUCUGGUGUGGGUGAAGCUCUGCAGCAGGUUGCUCAGGCCAGGGACACUCUGGAUGUCAACGUCAAACGCACUUUCAUCGACCCCCUGCAGGACCUCCAUAACACCGAGCUGAAGGAGAUCAGGUACCAGCUGAAGAAGCUGAACGGUCGUCGUCUGGACUUUGACUACAAGAGGAGACGAAAAGGGAAAGUCCCGGCAGAGGAGGUCCGACAGGCCUGGGACAAGUUCACCACGUCCAAAGAGCUGGCAGAGAGGAGCAUGUUCAUCCUGCUGCAGAACGACGUCGAUCAGCUCAGUCGUCUGGCCGCUCUGGUCACCGCACUGCUUGACUUCCACCGUAGCGCCCAUCGCAUCCUGAUGGGUCUCCAUGGCAACCUACAGGCAAGGCUGACGGCUGCCAGCAACAAACCGGAGCGACGGUUCAGAUCCAAAAAGAUCCGAAUCAGAAGUGAACAUAACGGUAGCAUCGGGUUUUACCACCAGCCGUCCAUCGCAGGAGAGCCGUUCACCGUGUUACCACCCAGGCCGGGCAGUCCCGUCUCCUGUUACGCUGACAGUAAGCUGGUCCUGGAUCAGCCCUGUUGCCGGGCGAUGUACUCCUUCCACCCGAACCAGGAGGGCGAGCUGGACUUUAACGAGGGCGACGUCAUCAUCCUCACCAAUCAGGUCGACGCCAACUGGUACGAGGGCACGCUUGCCGACCGAUCGGGACUGUUCCCUGUCAACUACGUGGACGUGCUGGUGCCUCUGCCGUUACCAUGACGACGUUUGUGUGUUUCCUUUGUGAUGAUAUGCAACUUUUCAGCUUCUUCUUUGCACUUUUUCACGAGCAAAUCAGCAGGUGAGGCGUCUGUCCAACAGGAAGGGAAGGCCAUAGUUUGUACUGCAGAGCACUUUAGUUCCCGA